UGGCAGUUAAUUUGAAAAUAGACUAGAAGAAAAUUUUCAAUUUUUCAAACGUAAAAUUAUAAAUGUGAAUAAUGUCGCGACGGCUCUUGACGUUUAAUGGGUCAAACUAUGAAAGCUGGUAUUUACCACAAUCAGUGACCACAAACGCUUUCGGAGAAGGCAAAAUAAGACGUCAAAAGGGCGGCGGUCGAAGAUGUUAUGACGAUGAUGUGAAGACGCACAGAAAUUGUCGCGGCAGGAACAGGCAUUUCUACCAUCGGACAUGGUACGCAAAUAACAGUGAUAGUGAUAGAGCUGCAGAAACAGCCAGCGACUCCGAGAUUACCGUUAUGACAAGCAGCAGUAAAAGCAGAGAGCGGCAACGAAAGCAUAGUCGUAGGCGACGAACAUACGAUGACACGGUAUACAAAGCCGAUGAUGAAUGCGAUCACAUGAGGAGAAAAAAUGCGACGGACACGAAAAAUUGUAAGCGAGCUUCGAAGGAGCUCCCAUUAAUGGCUACAACGACAAUAAGAUCACAAGCGGGGCAAAGUGGGAAUUACAUGGAACAGAACGCAGCAACUAAAAAUAUGCCUGCGAAAGACCCAGCUAUUGAUGAAACCGCUGGCACUACAAAGGAAAUGCUACGAUUUAUGGAUACGCUGUAUCGAAGUUUGGGGAAUGUGCAAGAUGAGAAGGCAGCUAAUAAUAUGGCACAGACACGAGCGGGCAAAGCAACAAAACUGCCACAAAUAUUAGAAAAUACGAGCCUCACGUAUCAAAACGAGCAAAUCGGCAGAGAUGUGCCACAGAACUCGUUUAAUUAUGAACAAAAUUAUGAACACUUUGACAUGCAGUUGCCACAGCAAAUAGUCGAUCAAACGCAUAUAUCCCACGUACCCACGCAAAACCCUUGUUAUGCGACUUGUAAUAAGAAUUCGGUGUGCUCACAAAAUGCGACAACUUGCAAACAACAAUGUCUUCAAAGACCGCAAUGUGCGCCAACAGCAACACAGCCACAGAGAUUUCCACCAAGUGUCAAUACACCAAUGCCACAGCCGUGCGUUCCAGCGCCAGAGAUGCGCUCCAACUGUCAACCUACGCGUUGUAUACCACAACGUUGUGCGUUUCCGGAAUAUUUGUCCACCCGCUACUCACCAUCUACGCCACAAGCGCUACAUUCAUCGUUGCCGCAAGUGUGUAUGCCAGGACCAAACACACAACCGAUGGUAUGCACUGGACCGCCAUCAGCCGUACCAACACAAGCCUCGAUACAAACUCUACCACCAGGAAUGUAUAAGUCUUAUGUCGAAGAAUAUGUGCUCUCGCGCCAGCAGCAGCAAGCGGCGCAUCAAGGGAUAGUGACUAGAGAAUCUCUUGAAAAGGCGACCCCGCUUGUUGGAGCGCCAUCACAUUUUAAUACAAAUCACACUGAUUUUAGUUUUCGCAGGAACUCACGGGAUCAAUCCUAUCGGACAAGUCGUCAAAGCACGGAAGAAAAUGUGCACAGCCUUGUGAGAGAGCCACACCAUUUAAAUAAGAAACUGAAGCCAGGUACUGCAAGCGAAAACUUUGAUUUAUACGCAGAUUCCUUAAACAAACAUAGUGCGAAAGUAAGAAAUUCAGCGGGAGAAACCGUGAAUUCAAAUGGAAAUAUACAGACUUACAAUUCUAAUGUAAUCAAUGUCGACGAGUUGAUUGAGAGAAACGCAGACGUGGAAAGCAAAACGAACGGAAGUAGAGCAAGUGAACAAGAGGAAACGGAGCGUAGAAAUAGUAAAACGCUGCAACACGACGCAAGCCGCGAAAGUAGAGGAAGCGCGCAAAUAAAAGGGAGCCGCGAAAGUAGAGGGAUACCGCAAAUGAAAGGGAGCCACGAAAGUAGAGAGAGCGCGCAAAUGAAAGCGAGCCACGAAAGUAGAGGGAGCGCGCAAAUAAAAGGGAGCCGCGAAAGUAGAGAGAUCCCGCAAAUGAAAGGGAGCCACGACAGUAGACAGAGCGCGCAAAUAAAAGGAAGUCGCGAUAGUAGAGGAAGUGAGCAAAUGAGUGGGAGCCGCGAAAGUAGAGAGAGCGCGCUAAUAAAAGGGAGUCGCGAUAGCAGAAAUCACCAGCAAGAGGAAGAUAGUCGCAUGGGUAGAAAAAACGAACCAGAGAAAGUUGAUCGCGAAGGCAGAAGAAAUGAGAAAGUUGGAGCUCAUAGAGAAUCUAAAACGAACGGGGAAAGUAAGUACAAGAAAAAACGCGACAGCAACUCCGAAUCUAAUACCGAAACGGGUAUAGAAAACAAAAUGCUGAAAAUAACUGCGAGCAACUUUAAGAAGAACAGCGAGGAAAAAGAAUUGGCGGACAGAGAGCGCAAAGGUGGCGCGAAUUCAAUUAGUAGCUGUGACAGCGAUUAUUUACGUGAAUGCUUACGCAGAAAAUGCGAAAAGCAUAAAAACAAAAAAAGAAACCAACGUCACAGGGAUUCUUUUAGUGGCAGCGAUAGUGAAGAAACCUCUAAUGGCUACUCGGGAUACAGCAGUUACAGCAGAAGAGACGCGCGACGCAAGCACCAUACAAAGUACAUGCCUAUGGCUAGCGAGAGUGACGAUGAUAUGGACUAUAGUUUAAGUAGAACUUCGUGCAAAGAACUGAAAAAGUGUUGUAGUCGCAUAGUAGCGAUUUGUCGCAUGGCUAGAGAUACAGCCGGCACACAAACGGAGCAAUGGGAUGAUGGCGUGUCGCUGCGUCCGCAGAAGUCCAACAAAUUGGUGGACUGUUUACCCAAGAGCAUUGCAGAUGGCUUAGCCGCGGCGAAUCCCAGAGUUAUGCAGCAAAUUAUGCAGCUAAACCGAGAUAGAAGAAAGUGUAGAGUUUGCGCCUGUGGUGUGCUGGACGAUACGGGUGCGCCGGUCGUGAAGGACGAUAUGAUUAUAUUGAAAUUUGACGAGAACGAGCCCAAGUUACCCACACGAGCGUGCAUGGAACGUAGAUCGCACUGCACAUGCAAUUGCGACUGCAAAUUGUCGGAUACGGAAUCGGAAAUCAUAAGAGAGAUAAUAAGGAAAAAGCGUUUGCGAGAGAAAGCCAAUCGUAUAUGUGCGUUAACACAGAACAAAUAUGAUGCAUGUGAUUGUCAUUCGGCUUGUGCCUUCGUGGAUGACGACGAUGAACGCGAAUUUAUCGAGAAGUUGCUUAGAAGGCAACGCAUGAAUCGCGAACGAGAGAGAGACAGAACGCAAGGACAAAAUACCAAUGAAGAUUGCGCAUGCGAUUGUGUAUGCGAUUGCGCUUCGAAAGCUAAGGAGCUGGCCGUAGAGAUUAUGCAUGAGAUGGUGAAAAGUCACAUACAAAAAAUUGUCACUGACGAAUUACAGCAUAAAACACGUUCACCGCGUGAACCUGAGAAUGCUUCUGUAAACUCUAGUGAGACUAUGACUAGUAAUGAGCAAGUGAGUGAAGAAAGCAUUAGAAGUAAACCUCGAGCCGGUGUUUGCACUUGCUGCGAUUGUGCCAAUAGGCCAAAAGUCAGAUCUCAGCCAGAGAUUGUCAAACAAAAAUCUGGUGUAUGCACUUGCGAUUCAUGUGGGAGCUCAUUAGCAGCCACUAAAGUUAGGAAAGCGACACCACAAAGAUACGGAUGCACUUGCAAAGCAGAUGAAACGGUGGUAGCUAAAAAUAAGAAAACUGCACCACAACUCCCAACGCUCAAUCCUAAAACAGAGAGAAUUAAACCGAAAGACAGUCCAAGAGCGCCUUCUAAAGUUGAAAAAAAGAAACCGCAGACAUUGGAAUGUACUUGUACUUGCAAUUCAGACAACAGUCGUAGAGCAUCUGCUAAAAGUGAGAGAAUUAAACCACAGACCUUUAAAUGCAUUUGUACUUGCGAUCCAGAUGAUAGUCCCAGAGCAUCAGCUAAAAUUGAGAGAACGAAACCACAGAUCUUUGAAUGCACUUGUGAGUCAGACGACAGUGAAACAGUGACACCUGAAAGUGAGAGAAUUAUAUCACGAUCUGUUGUGUGCACCUGCGACUCCGACGAAAUCCCAAUAGUGACCACUAAAAGUGAGAUAAUGAAGCCAAGAAUGUUUGAUUGCACCUGUGAUUCCGAAAGCCGAACAGUGACGCAAACAUUCACGAGAACAAUAGAACUAUUAAGUGGGGGCGCGACAAAAAACGAAAUGGCCGGCAUGAAAAGACAAAGCAAUGACAGCUCAGAACAGCCAAAAACGAAGAGGACGUCCGCUAAGACGCAUGGUAAAAAUAGUAAGCGUAGCAGUAAGUCAGCCGAAGACAACGAAGACGAUUAUAUAACAGUGAGACAAAAAAAUAAGGCAACAGAACGUAAAAGUGAUGCAAGUUCGAAGGGUGCAGUAAGAAAAAGUGGACAAGAGAGCAGAAGGAGUACGCUGGCGACGGCACAAGAGAGUAGAAGGAGUACGAUGGAAGCCCAACCAGAGAGUAGAAAGAGUACGCUGAAACCGCAACCGGAGAAUAGAUGGAGUUCGCUGGCAACGCCACAAGAGAGUAGAAGCAGUUCUCUGGCAACGCAACCAGAGCAUAGAAGGAGUUCGCUGGCAACCCAACGAGAGAGUUACAGCGAUAAGAAUACAAUGGAUCAGCAAGUUAACAGCGACAGCAGCUCCGGUGAGCGAGAUGAUAUAUUGUCAAUAAAAAACAGCGCUGACGAAGAGUUUGUGCCACCCAGCUACUAUAAAGACCAAAUGAUUGCACAGAGUAAAGUUACGGUUAGGUCGUAUCAACCAGGACCAACCAAACCAACAGACGAUGAGCUUAAAAGGUGUAGGGCUGAUUGCGCUUGUAGAGAGACGCCUAAAAUAGAAGCCGUAGAAGGGAAAGAGCAUGAGCAACAGGUCAAGGCACAACCAAGAUCCAUUAAAACAAUCAAAGCAAAGAAAGACAUCGAACGUGUCUUCAACGACAUACAGGAGUAUGCUUUGAGUAACGCUAGGAAUAUGGAGCGUACAAUGGUACCUGAAUACAAACUCAGCGACGAAGACGAUUCACUAAGAGCUGACAGCGUUCAGGAAUCAAUACAAAAAUUCAUUGACAUAAAAGCAAGCAAGAAAGCGCAGGCUAGUUGUACCGUAACGGGUUAUCCGAAGAUAAACAAAAAUGCAGAACGCAAUACACAAGCAAGUUUAGAGAGUGAAGCGCAAAACUUUGAUUCUGAUAAGCUUAUGGAACAAAGAGCGGCACUUUGCGACGAACUGACCAUGAACAAGCUGCUGCCACAACACUCCCUGAGAACAUUGCUUACCAAACUCUCCAGUCCAGACGGCAAACUCAACGCCACAUAUGAAUUCAAUCCACAGGCUAAGGAGAGCUUGCGUUUAGCAAAAAUUAAUGCAAGUAAAAUGUUGAAUAUGUCAAGUGCCAUUAAGCGUAAACUUAGUCCCACUACAGUAAUGGCGCAAUCUUUGCGUAUGUCGGGUAAACAGUCGAAACCUGACUCAGUUGCUACAAACCUUGUUAGUGAAACGAGACAAUUGAAACCGCCAAACAACACGCCAUCUUUAGUUAAGAGCCAUGGGCUGAGCGCGGAGGAAAGCUUGUCUCAACAACAACAGCACAACACAGCGACGGUGAUAAAUCGUCGAGACGGCUUAAGUAAUAAAUUUGCAAGGAAAUCUCUCAUACCUUUGCCCGUAAAUAGCAACACUUGGCGCGCUGUGAAACAAGCGAAAUCAGUCUCAAAGCGCUCGAGCGCGGAGGAGCGCGCAAAUACGCGACCGCUUAUAGACCAAACGAGCGAUUCUAAUCACCAGAUUACACGACUGUGGCCUGAACAAGCUGUCACAGCAGUACAAUGCCUCAAACAUGAGAAUGAGCAGGCGCAAAUUCAAAACACAGCCAACGGCGCGAUCGAAGGCUUACUGGGUGCCAAACAACUUACCAAAUCUCAGUCUAACAUAGAGCUCAGUUACGGCUUGAGUUACAGUACGACACGUCCGCGUUUGGAAAGCGGCAGGAAUAAAGAAUUAUCGAAACUUUCGAGUCAAGAGUCCAGUAGCUCUGCUGUACCCACGCAAAGAUCGAAAAAUACUAAAGAAACUUUAGGCAACACAAAAACCGUGAAUCCGCAAUUCAAAAUGGUAAAUAUACUGUCCGCCGCCAAUCAUUGUCCCACUAGUUCUAGUGGUCUCUCCAGUGAAUCCUGCCAAACGAAUGGCUCACAGGCUCAAAACGAACAGCGCUGUGCACGUUGUAGAGCUUUUUAUAGGAAAACAGGCGACCACCGUAAUUUGCCAGAGUUACAGGGGCACAUGAAUAGGACUCUAAAUGUGCCACAACCGCGUACUAAUCCAGCAUUUCUUCCAGCAACGAUACACGCCACACCCAAGCAACGCCGCCACGCGGAACGCUACAGUAUAACGGAUGAUGAGCAAACGGAUUCGGACAUAGAAUGCAUUACGGUGGAGUAUAGCGGCAGCGAAGGUGACACCUACGCGCAAUAUCAGGAAGAGUUGCAACGAAAGCAGCAAUUAUGGCGCAAAGGCACUGUUAAGGAGGCGCUUGAAGUUGAGGAACGUGAGGAGCGCGCUAGAAAUUUGCAGCGCACCACAUUAACCGGUGAAUGCCUGGAACGCGCCAUACACUAUCCGACGCGCGUCUGGAACGAGGAGCGCAGACAGCUGAAUUUACAGCGCAAUGGUGCUGGCCUCUUUGCACCGCUUUAAAUAUAAUUUUUUUGAUUCCUUGCUUAAAAAAUUCUUUCGGGAAGUUCCUAAUGUAAUGCGUAGAAACUGCCUUUCUUCUACAUAUGCUCGAAAUUUGUUAUUGUUAUGUGCGACUUGUGGAACGAGACAGUUUUUAAGUAGUGCAAAUUUUCGCAAUGAAGACUGGCCGGAAUUUAGACGUUUCAUAAAAAUUUUGCAAGUCCACAUCACAGUAACCUAUACUAGCAUAUUAAACAGUUCACAUAUUUGUAAUUAUGCGUUUGAAAAUAUACAAUAAAAUAUUUUUACUCGUACGUACUCUUUAUCUCAUCUGAAUUGGGAAGUCAGUCCUAAGGUAAAGCAAGAAAUUCAACGAUCCCACAUAACUUUCUCAUGAACUCUUCAAAGGUUAAGGCAUUUGCGACGGAAAAAAUCUUAUAUAGAGGUCCUAAAUCGUUAAUAUUUCCUUUAAGGUAAGUCUAGAACACAAGAUCUUAUGAAUCUUGUAAGUAUUUUUUGCGAAGAAUUCUUAUGAACACCUCAAGGGUUUAGGCAUACGAGACGGAAAAAUUCUUAAAGAGAGUAAAUCGUGGAUCUUUCCUUUCAGUUAAGUCUAGGGCAUAAGGCACUAGAUCUUACGAACCUUAAAACUAUGUUUUGAGAAAACUUAUCUUGAACAAUACAAGGGUUAAGGCAUUAGUGACGGAGAAAAUCUUUCAGAGAGGUACUAAAUCGUUGGUCUUUCAUUUAAGGUAAGACCUUAAGAACUUUAAAAGUAAAUUUUGAUAAGAUUUCCCUUGAACCAUUCAAGGGUUAAGUUAUUCGUCACAGAGAAAAUCUUAAAGAGAUCCUAAAUCGUAGAUCUUUCAUUUAAGAAAAGUCUAGAACCAACUGGAUGGAUGUCAUUCAACGAAUCGUUCAUAACUGUAAACACGAGACCUUACGAACCGUGGAAGUAAAUUUUGAAAAGAUUUACUUUCGCCGCAUGCUGUGUAAACUGCUUAAACGACAAACGAUCUCUGGCUACACUUACAAUAUUUGUUUACAGACGAUAUUUGAUUCUCGUCUUCACCUUACAAAAAGUUCUCAAAAAAAAAAAAUUCAAGGAAAUUCAACAUAAAAAAUAAAAACUUAGUAAAAACAUUAAAAAAAACGCGUAAAAUUCAAACGUAAGUUUUUGCUAAAACUUCAUUCCACACAGAACUGCGAUAUCUGCGCGUUCCAAGAAGAGUUACCAAAGCUUGAAUUGUCAUAAAAUUUUCAUAAAUUUCAUUCAUUUAUUUUUUGGCUACAGAAAAGAAGCAUUGAAAGACACAUUGUGGGCCUGUAACUUUCCAAAAAAAAAUGGAGUAUUUGCCAAUUUUCAGCGGCAGUUUACCCAAAUGCGCAAAUAACAAUCAACCGACAGCUAAUAGUACGGUGCAGAACAGAGAAAUGUUUUGGCGCAAUAAGAAUAAGCUGCAGCGAGCCUUGUCCGUCGUCGAAAUGGAAUAUUACCGUAACGCCAGUAGCGCCAUCUUUUUGCCACGCAAUUUAAGCGCUGCGGAUAUGUUCAAACAGGAACCCACCACCAAGAUCUUACCGGCUUUCAUGUUUCGAAAUUCAAGCCUAACGAAGAAGAAACCACAACGCCGCCGAAAACGUAGAUUUUUCGUUUAAGAAAUGUCCAAUUCGAAAGGCAAGGGAAACACGCCCACAUGGAAAGCGGUCAAAUUAGCAGGCAAAAUUUUGAUGAUUCUUGUUUAAAAUAUUUGAAAAUAGCUCAAAAUUCGCAUAACUGUUUAACGCAACCGCUUUCAAAAACGCGCACAGUUGAGAGAACUGUGUUUUAGCCAAAAAAUAAAUUAAUGUUAGAAAUUUGAAA